AUGAAAAUUUUCGAAGAGCGAUGCGUAGAUGAAUACCUUAGAGAGAAAAACGCACUGCUUCGUGCCACCCAAGAAGAACAAAUCAGAGUGAUCAAUGAUAGGUAUAACCAGCCGGAAUUAUGCUUCUAGUUACAUUUUUUUGUCUGUUAGAUCAAUCAAUUCGUGACUAUUUUUACAAAAUUUUAUUGGGAGGAGCGUGGAGCAAAAAAAACAAAUGCUUUUCACUGGCUGCACUUUGAUAAAUUUUGGAAGUAUGGCUUUUGAUACUAAGAAUAAGUAAGGUAGCCAGUGGUGAACGAUUGCUUUUUUCUUUGUUUCGUUUUGUUAUGUUUGUUUGUUUGUUUGUUUGUUUGUUUUUGUUGCUUCUUUUGUCCUUUCUAGAUAUAUUUAUUUACCAAACGAGUUUCAAACCCCACAAAAAAUGCUUACAAGUAGUUAAAAAGAUAACCGUUAUUCCAAUAUGAUAGAUAUGCUUUUAUCCUUUGCAAAUCUGACAGCAUGGGUUCAGUUUCUAGCCAGCUCCAAGAUAUGUUUCGAUUUGUUAACCAGCGGUUCAAGAAAGUUGAUGAAGAGUUCUAUAGACUGGGAAAACUCGAUUCGAAAUCAAGGCGUCCAUCUAUCGCAGACGUAUUAACA